UAGAGGCUCCACCUUGUACAGUACCGUCUUACUACAUGUGAGACUUUAAGAAAUUGCAUUUCAGCACAUAGGGGGUGUUGCCGCAAAGUAGCCAUAUUGAAUGAAUUGAGACGUUCCGCUGUCAACCAUCGCCGUCCACCCAACUAGGUCCCGAUGAAGACAGCUCCUUGUAAAUUCUACUCCCCACACUUUUCUUCUUCACGAUGGCCGCCACGGACAUAGACAUUUUCGCUAAUGAAGAGGAACGUUGCCUGGAGCUGGGCGGCCAUGUUGGGUUUGACAGUCUUCCAGACCAGUUGGUCAGUAAAUCAGUCACACAGGGAUUCUGCUUCAACAUCCUGUGUGUUGGUGAGACAGGGAUAGGGAAGUCAACGUUGAUGAACACGCUGUUCAACACACUGUUUGAGGCCGAGGAGGCCAGCCACUACCAGAACGGUGUGUACCUGCGGCCCAGGACCUACGACCUGAAGGAGAGCAACGUUCAGCUCAAACUGACCGUAGUCGACACCGUGGGGUUCGGAGACCAGAUCAACAAGGAGGAGAGCUUCAAACCCAUAGUGGACUACAUCGACACCCAGUUUGAGACCUACCUGCAGGAGGAGAUGAAGAUCAAGCGUUCCCUGUUCGACUACCACGACACCAGGAUUCAUAUCUGUCUCUACUUCAUCGCCCCCACCGGACACUCUCUCAAAUCACUGGAUCUGGUCACCAUGAAGAAACUGGACAGCAAGGUAAACAUAAUCCCCAUCAUUGCCAAGGCAGACACCAUAUCUAAGAGCGAGCUGCACAAGUUCAAGAUCAAGAUCAUGUCAGAGCUGGUGAGCAACGGUGUUCAGAUCCACCAGUUCCCUACUGAGGACGAGGCUGUCACCGAGAUCAACUCCUCUAUGAAUGCCCAUCUGCCCUUCGCUGUGGUGGGGAGUGUUGAGGAGGUUGAAGUGGGGAAUAAGAUGGUGAAAGCCAGACUGUAUCCCUGGGGAACUGUACAGGUGGAGAACGAGAGCCACUGUGACUUUGUGAAGCUGAGAGAGAUGUUGCUGAGAGUGAACAUGGAAGACCUGAGAGAGCAGACUCACGCCAGACACUACGAGCUCUACAGACGCUGCAAACUGGAGGAGAUGGGAUUUACAGAUACAGACCCCGACAACAAACCCUUUAGUCUGCAGGAGACGUAUGUGGCCAAGCGGAGAGAGUUCCUGGGGGAUCUGCAGCAUAACGAGGACGACAUGAGACAGAUGUUUGUCAACAAGGUGAAGGAGACCGAGGCAGAGCUGAAAGUAAAGGAGAGGGAGCUCCAUGAGAGGUUUGAGCAGCUGAAGAGGAUGCAUCAGGAGGAGAAGAGGAAUCUGGAGGAGAAGAGGAGUGACCUGGAGGAAGAGAUGAACGACUUCAACAGGAGGAAGGUGGCAGCUGAGACGCUGAUGGGUCAGUCUCUACAGGGAUCCUCACAACCAUUCAGAAAGGACAAGAAGAAUUGAUUCGUGGCACCACAGCAACACCAAGGCAACCAGGAAUGUGUCUCUUCAUCACCAUGGAAACAAGGGACUUAUUUUAUCUUCACUUUUUAUCUUCAGGGACUAUUUAAUUCUCAAAUUGUAUGAAUGGACCCCAAUGACACCUCUUUGACACUACAUGUGAGAGAGCGAGCGAGAGAAAUGUGUGUGAUGAUGAUGAGUUGGCUGUGAGCCGCUCUGUAUUCAAGGAUCAGAAAGAUGACCUUACACAGUGGACUUCAUGGGCGUGUCCAAAAUGGCCCCCUAUUCCCUACAGUAUACAUGUCUUGUGGAGUCAGCACUGGAGAUCAAAGUGUGCAUCCUAAAUGGCCCACUAUUCCCUAUAUAGUGCACUACUUUUGACCAGCGCCAAGUAGUGCACUAUAUAGGGAAUAGGGUGUAAUUCAGGACGCUGGCGUUCUCUCCAGUGCUGACUCCACAAGACGUGUGAAAACAAAACCUGUGGACUCAGUUAUGAUAACUUUAGUGUAUGUGGUUUUACGUUCCUGGUGUGAAUGUGUCAAUCUACCAUCUGAAACGUACAUAGACAUUAGAACCAGGAAACGUAAGGCUAGGAAGAAAGUAUGUAUAGUUCUAUCUUGGUUUCCAAACUGCUUCUGAAACAGAGCGACAGCUCGCCUUCCAGGCUAAUAUAGUUUACCCAUCACUGUGUCAAAUAUUGACUGUGAACUGUGUGUGUGUGUGUGUGUGUGUGUGUGUGUGUGUGUGUUAAUUUGUAUGUGUGUAUUAAUGCCAGCGAAGACAGUUUUUGGAGGAUAUAUUGGCACGGAUGUUUUUAGGCAUUAUCACUUUUAUACAACGGGCUACCAACAUAUUCAAAUAAUGAUUUACAUAUUUUCAUUAAAAAAGUGUAUUUUGAUUAAUUUAUUCAUACUAUUUCAUCUUUCCAUGAGAUAUAGUCCUGACACAAAUUUAAGGUUGCUACCCAAUCCAGCUGAUUGCUGGUCGUUCGUUCUAUCGGUUUGGUUGACAGAGAUGCGACCCAGUCGUUAAGUCUUUUUGUUCUGUAUCUAUAGACCCAGUCGUUAAGUCUUUUUGUUCUGUAUCUAUGGACCCAGUCGUUAAGUCUUUUUGUUCUGUAUCUAUGGACCCAGUCGUUAAGUCUUUUUGUUCUGUAUCUAUGGACCCAGUCGUUAAGUCUUUUUGUUCUGUAUCUAUAGACCCAGUCGUUAAGUCUUUUUGUUCUGUAUUUAUGGACCCAGUCGUUAAGUCUUUUUGUUCUGUAUCUAUGGACCCAGUCGUUAAGUCUUUUUGUUCUGUAUCUAUAGACCCAGUCGUUAAGUCUUUUUGUUCUGUAUCUAUGGACCCAGUCGUUAAGUCUUUUUGUUCUGUAUCUAUAGACCCAGUCGUUAAGUCUUUUUGUUCUGUAUCUAUGGACCCAGUCGUUAAGUCUUUUUGUUCUGUAUCUAUAGACCCAGUCGUUAAGUCUUUUUGUUCUGUAUCUAUAGACCCAGUCGUUAAGUCUUUUUGUUCUGUAUCUAUGGACCCAGUCGUUAAGUCUUUUUGUUCUGUAUCUAUAGACCCAGUCGUUAAGUCUUUUUGUUCUGUAUCUAUGGACGCAACAGUCAUGCGUUCUAAAUGUUCCAUUGCCAUACUGGCUGGCAACGUUCUUAUCCCUUGCUUGCCAGCUAGCCAACUAUGGCUAAUUUACAGUCACGUCAAACAGUACAGCCAGGAUAACAGCAAAGUAGCUGCGUUUGGGUUUGUUUAAGGUGUUUUCUAGUGACAUUUAUUUGGAUACAUCCAUAACAAUGAGCUAAUGAUGCACAAUUUUGCAUGGCAUAGAAUGUGCUCGCUCGUCAGGACAGUGUUGUUCAGAGGAGCUAGCCAACAACACAGCUAACACAAUCACUAGCUGCAUUUCGUUUCGUUUUACCUGUUAUCUAUUGACAUUUCUUUGUAUAUAUCCAUACAAAUGAUGCCAGCUGAUUCAUGAUUUCCACUGGCUGAAAAAAACUGUCUGUCUGUCUCGUCCGGACUCCCAACAUGUUCAUUACUAUGGGACAGCUGGAGAUGAUGUCAAAUUUUAAAGAGACAGACAGAAAGGGUUAUACAAAUCUCCGCUGUUGAAAACCAAUUGCUAGUCUAAAAGAAAUGGGAUAUAAUGUCCAGAUGCUUUUUAUAGUGGAGAUCAAGUUUAUAAAUGACCUGGCUGGGCUGAUGAGACAGUGGAUUGCGCAGUGAGAUGGAACAGAGUAAAUAGACAUUUUAACUUCAUAGGUUUAGCCGGUGGUGACUAGUGGAAUAGACACUGGCUGGAAUGCGGUUUUAACCAAUCAGCAUCCAGGAUUAGACCCAUCCGUUGUAUAACAUAGAUUAUGCAUUUGUGUAUUUAUACAUGCAAAUGUAUGUAAAGUAAUCUAAAUAUGACUAAACCAUAGUCAAUAGAAGUGUAAUAAUUAAUCCAGUGCUGUUUUACAUGAAUACAGAACUUGUAUACUGUAUAUGAAUAUAUGCAUAUUAAUACUAUAUUUUCGAGUUGCUGAUAGCUAGGUAGAGUCCAGUAUGUAAAUACUGUAUCUAGGUAGAGUCCAGUAUGUUAUCUGUAGCUAGGUUACCUGCAGCUAGGUAGAGUCCAGUAUGUUAUGAUGCUGUUGCUAGGUAGAGUCCAGUAUGUAAAUACUGUAUCUAGGUAGAGUCCAGUAUGUUAUCUGUAGCUAGGUUACCUGUAGCUAGGUAGAGUCCAGUAUGUUAUGAUGCUGUAGCUAGGUAGAGUCCUGUAUGUUAUGAUACUGUUGCUAGGUAGAGUCCAGUAUGUUAUGAUGCUGUAGCUAGGUAGAGUCCAGUAUGUUAUGAUGCUGUAGCUAGGUAGAGUCCAGUAUGUUAUCCUGUAGCUAGGUAGAGUCCAGUAUGUUAUCCUGUAGCUAGGUAGAGUCCAGUAUGUUAUCCUGUUGCUAGGUAGAGUCCAGUAUGUUAUGAUGCUGUAGCUAGGUAGAGUCCAGUAUGUUAUGAUGUAGCUAGGUAGAGUCCAGUAUGUUAUGAUACUGUUGCUAGGUAGAGUCCAGUAUGUUAUGAUACUGUAGCUAGGUAGAGUCCAGUAUGUUAUGAUACUGUAGCUAGGUAGAGUCCAGUAUGUUAUGGUGCUGUAGCUAGGUAGAGUCCAGUAUGUUAUGAUACUGUAGCUAGGUAGAGUCCAGUAUGUUAUGAUACUGUAGCUAGGUAGAGUCCAGUAUGUUAUGAUGUAGCUAGGUAGAGUCCAGUAUGUUAUCCUGUAGCUAGGUAGAGUCCAGUAUGUUAUGAUACUGUAGCUAGGUAGAGUCCAGUAUGUGAUGAUGCUGUAGCUAGACAGAGUCCAGUAUGUUAUGAUGCUGUUGCUAGGUAGAGUCCUGUAUGUUAUCCUGUAGCUAGGUAGAGUCCAGUAUGUUAUGAUACUGUAGCUAGGUAGAGUCCAGUAUGUUAUGAUACUGUAGCUAGGUAGAGUCCAGUAUGUUAUGGUGCUGUAGCUAGGUAGAGUCCAGUAUGUUAUGAUACUGUAGCUAGGUAGAGUCCAGUAUGUUAUGAUACUGUUGCUAGGUAGAGUCCAGUAUGUUAUGAUGCUGUAGCUAGGUAGAGUCCAGUAUGUUAUGAUGCUGUUGCUAGGUAGAGUCCUGUAUGUUAUCCUGUAGCUAGGUAGAGUCCAGUAUGUUAUGAUGCUGUUGCUAGGUAGAGUCCAGUAUGUUAUCCUGUAGCUAGGUAGAGUCCUGUAUGUUAUCCUGUAGCUAGGUAGAGUCCAGUAUGUUAUGAUGCUGUUGCUAGGUAGAGUCCAGUAUGUUAUCCUGUAGCCAGAUAGAGUCCAGUAUGUUAUGAUGCUGUUGCUAGGUAAAGUCCAGUAUAUUCUAUUAUAAUUAUAAUAAUUAUAAUUUAUUACAUUUCUAUAGUGCUUUUCAUAGAAUCUCAAAGCGCUUCAAUUGCAAAAAAAAACAAGCAAGCAAUGUAACAUGACAGGUUAACCAAUAAAGAGUCCAAUAAAGAGUCUUUGAAAGCUGCAUCCUCUGAAGAUAGAGAAAAUCAGUUCAGAGAGAAGGUCAGUUCAGCGUUUGAGCGGAGAGAGCUGGUCAGAGGAUGGUGAUGGAGUCCGCUGAUGAUCUUGUAGUGGGCAAGUCUGGGAACCAGCCUGAGUCUUAUAGCCGCCACUGGACUUCUCCUCUUCCACUCUGUGUAACACUGAUGCCUCAGCAGCUCUGGGCGCCAGAAAGUUCACCACACGAAGUUCAAGAAUAAGUAGCAAAUCGUCCUCACUACCAGCCCUCUGCCUCAUCACUGCUGUAUUCCUCUGUCUGCUCUUCCUCUCACGCCACUCCUCAAAUGAUGUUCUUAGAAGAUCAGGAAUUAGCAGCCAGUUAAAAAAAAUACAUUUAAAAAGGCUUGUACUGCGUCCAGAUGCAUAAUUCAAAUAAAAACAUUAGCCAUUUAGCUAGCUAGCCAAGCCAAAAAGUGUUAACCUGUCAGUCAACCUGCAAAGCCAUGGCUCAAAAACACCAGUUAUAUGCAAUGUUAUCAAAAACAAAAGAGAUGAUUUUAAAAAUCCACAAUUAAAAACAUCUAAAAAAUAACUAAAUAUGUACACAUUUACAGGAGCUCUGUACUUAGGCUUCUACUAGGGCACCAUGGCAACUAAACGCAGCAAAAAAAGAAACGUCCCUUUUUCUGUCUUUCAAAGAUAAUUCGUAAAAAUCCAAAUAACUUCACAGAUCUUCAUUGUAAAGGGUUUAACACUGUUUCCCAUACUGACUCUGAAAAACACCAAAAGAAAGAGGCCCAGGGUCCCUGCUCAUCUGCGUGAACGUGCCUUAGGCAUGCUGCAAGGAGGCAUGAGGACUGCAGAUGUGGACAGGGCAAUAAUUUGCAAUGUUCGUACUGUCAGACGCCUAAGACAGCGCUACAGGGAGUCAGGACGGACAGCUGAUCGUCCUCGCAGUGGCAGACCACGUGUAACAACACCCACACAGGAUCGGUACAUCCGAAUAUCAUACCUGCGGGACAAGUACAGGAUGGCAACAACAACGGCCCGAGUUACACCAGGAACGCACAAUCCCUCCUUCAGUGCUCAGACUGUCCGCAAUAGGCUGAGAGAGGCUGGACUGAGGGCUUGUAGGCCUGUUGUAGAGGCAGGUCCUCAACAGACAUCUCCGGCAAUGACGUCGCCUAUGGGUACAAACCCACCGUCGCUGGACAAGACAGGACUGGCAAAAAGUGCUCUUCACUGACGAGUCGCGGUUUUGUCUCACCAGGGGUGGUGGUCGGAUUCGCGUUUAUCAUCGAAGGAAUGACCGUUACACCGAGGCCUGGAGCGGGAGCGAUUUGGAGGUGGAGGGUCCGUCAUGGUCUGCGGCGGUGUGUCACAGCAUCAUCGGACUGAGCUUGUUGUCAUUGCAGGCAAUCUCAACGCUGUGCGUUACAGGGAAGACAUCCUCUUCCCUCAUAUGGUACCCUUCCUGCAGGCUCAUCCUGACAUGACCCUCCAACAUGACAAUGCCACCAGCCAUACUGCUCGUUCUGUGCGUGAUUUCCUGCAAUACAGGAAUGUCAUCAUUCUUCCAUGGCCAUCGAAGAGCCCGGAUCUCAAUCCCAUUGAGCACGUCUGGGACCUGUUGGAUAAGAGGGUGAGGGCUAGGGCCCUUCCCCCCAGAAAUGUCCGGGAACUUGCAGGUCCCUUGGUGGAAGAGAGGGGUAACAUCUCACAGCAAAAACUAGCAAAUCUGGUGCAGUCCAUGAGGAGGAGAUGCACUGCAGUACUUAAUGCAGCUGGUGGCCACACCAGAUACUGACUGUUACUUUUGAUUUUGACCCUCCCUUUGUUCAGGGACACAUUAUUCCACUUCUGUUAGUCACAUGUCUGUGGAACUUGUUCCGUUUAUGUCUCAGUUGUUGAAUCUUGUUAUGUUCAUACAAAUAUUUACACAUGUUUGCUGAAAAUAAACGCAGUUGACAGUGAGAAGACGUUUAUGCGCAGUUUAUACUAUGCAAUAAGGGUGAAAGCGACCAUACAAUUGAAUUAAAUAUGUAAAGGUAAAAAGUUGAGAGGAGAUAUGGUUUACAGAGCUGAAGGACAUCUGACUGCUGUUUAUUCUCUGAAAUGUUACUGUUAAAGAGAAAGAGGAGAAGACCUCUGUAUGCCUUUUCAUUCCAAUCAAGAAGUAAAAGGGAAUUCACUUGGGACGUGUAUGCAUUGUUCUGGGACUUCAGAAGGCGAAUCGUGGUUUUAUCAAUGCUGUAUAUUUGCAGCCUAUAAGGAAUGUAUAGAUACAAUUCAUGAGUUUUUACCAGCUACACUGAUCACUCACCUGUACUUUACUUCUCUGUUCUCUGUAUCACUUGGCUGACAACUCAAACUGAAUUAUUCCACUGCUCUAUCGUUCUCUACGUACUUCAGUCAGAGACUGACAUCAUUUAAGUCGUUUGUGGUGAUGUCAUAAUGAGGGGUGUUGCACAAAACAUAGUCAUCAAAGAUUGGAUCAUUGAUAACCAAUCAGAGUAUCAAAGCCAAUGACACAUUUUCAAAACAACGCUUUACCCACGUGUGUUCUGGCCCUGGCCCAACACAUCGGUUUCUGGGAACAAUCAGACGGCCUAGAAUUGAUUUACAUUCUAGAAAUCGUCAGAUCCAGACUCAUUGUGGAGAAGAAUCUAAUGUCUGUGGGUGUGGCGUAGCAUUUGGCCAGAGCAAGGAGUUUGGGUAACCAGGCAACUGUAUUGCAUGAAAUGGUGCAACCAUAUCCUAUAGCAGCAGGCUUUAAAGUAGGGCGUCUUAAAAUACCCAAGACCUGGUUGACUGUGGUGUUUGUGGGUCAUGAAUGUUGUUUCCCAACCCUGCAUAUCCUCCUCCCAUUACUUUGCUCUGAAAGUUUUAUUUUAGCCUGAGUGCUAGUGUGUUUGUGCUAUCAUGCCUACUCCAGCAUGUAUGGCUUGACAAUGAGCAGUGGAGUUGACAAGAGCACAAACAGAUCUGUGACCAGGCUAGUUUUUUAUUUCUCCAGUAAGCCUGGCUUAUCUGAGUUACGUAGGAGAGAUUGUUUUAUUGUUCCCCGGGCAAUGAAUCAAUGAAUAGCAAGUAUUGUCAUAGUUUUAACCUGUUUCAAUUGAGGGUUAAUUAUGUAAUAAACAGUUAAUCUAGGGAUUAGCAUAUGCAAAAUACUGGUCAUCAAAAUACUAACUUACUUAUAGACUACUUUUAGUCACAUAAUCAUCAUAUUCAUGUUCAUAAAUGUACAGUACUCAAUUCCCAGUGAGUAGAGGUUUACAGAAAGUAGUAUAGUUUUAUGUUCUGUUCAUUUAUCAUGACUUUCCUGGGCAUGCAGUAUGUAUACUCUUGUAGGCUAGCCUGCCUCCUUGUCUCCUGUUCAAAUCAAUGACCUGAGCUUUUUCUUUUUCUUUUCAUAGCUUCUUUAGUCUUCCGUCUGCGUACUCCCUAACAUCAGGAAGGAAUUUAAAUUAGAAGACUGACUUUCUACCAUGCCAAAAGGAUGGCUGUUCUAUUCUUCCCCGAUUUGACUAUUAACAAGCUAUUGAGGUUACUAUUUUUUACAGCGUGAUUCAAAGCUUAAUUUUUGUAAAAAUAUGUGAGUCUGAGUCCCAAAUGACACCAUAUUCCCUAUGUAGUGCACUACUUUUGACGUAAGCCCCUGGUCAAAAGUAGUGCACUACAUAGGGAAUCGAGUGCCAUUUAGGACGGACACCUUGCUGUGAUGUGCUCUCCUUUCUGAACUCUUGAAGUGAUGUUCCUACCAAUACCUGGUCCUGGAGUCUUCAAUACAGUGCAGGCCAAGCUCAGCAUAAUAUUAAACACAUUCUCUAAUACUUAGAAAGUAUACAGGCUAUCUAUAGGGCUAUAAAGUAGUGCACUAUAUAGGGAAUAGGGUGCCAUUUGGGAUGCAAACUUGGUUCAAUAAAAGCUGAUGCUCUAAAGCCGUCAAACUCAACUCUGGACCUCAAAGCCAGUUCCACUGCAUUUUUUUCAUUGACCACGUUUACAUGUGCACAGUAUUCUGGAUAAUAUCCUGCUUAAGGUCUUAUUCGGGAUAAGCUAUUUACAUGCACCUUUUGAUAUCCCGCUCUUGAGUAUCCCUGUAGCCAUGAAUAAACUGAAUAUUCCUCAUUUAAUUAUAUGGCUUAAAUGGAUUAGUAACUGAAAUAUGGACACUGAGUAGUAAGCUUAUAACCUCACGUAGUGUAAUAUAAUAUUAAUUCUUGCAGAAUUAUGAAUUUCAGGAUGGCCAGACAGGAUGGCCAGUGUUGAAUGUUUAUCAUUUUUAACUUAAAAAAGAGACCCUUAAACCCAGACUUUGGACCACACACCCACUCCACUGAAUAACAGGCUAGUGAUUGCUUUGAUGUGUUUGCAGUAAGCCACUGAUUCCUUCCAAACCACUCAUUGUUGAAUUUGCAAUUUCCAACUUUUUGUAUAAUUUUUUAUUUUAUGAUUUUUUAAAUUACUUUUAUUUAACUAGGCAAGUCAGUUAAAAACAAAUUCUUAUUUACAAUGACGGCCUACUAAAAAGCAAAAGGCCUCCUGCGGGGACGGGGGCAGGGAUUUAAAAAUAUAUAUAUAAAUAUAGGACAAAAAACACACAUCGCGACAAGAGAGACAACACAACACUACGUAAAGAGAGACCUAAGACAACAACAUAGCAAGGCAGCAACACAUGACCACACAGCAUGGUAGCAACACAACAUGACAACAACAUGGUAGCAACACAACAUGGUAGCAGCACAAAACAUGACACAAACAUUAUUGGGCAUAGACAACAGCAAAAGGGAAAGAAGGUAGAUGUUUAUGUCCAAUGGUCGAUGAGCACUGAUACGUUUUAUCUUCAUUAUUUCUCUUCAUAUGACAAGAAUUAAAAAGGAUUUACCAGUAGAUUGUCGACUUGAUUCAUGAUGAUGACUGCUAGCUAAGAUUUUGAAGUCCAAUCAAAGCUACUGUAGAUAUAAUGUGAUUUGAUGUAAUUUUAUCUGUGGCCAAUGACCUCGAGCCUUCUUGGAUGCCCAGUCCAAUCAAAGCUACUGUAGAUAUAACGUGAUAUGACUUCAUUUUAUCUGUGGCCAAUGACCUUGAGCCUUCUUGGAAGGGCACUUCUUAUGUAAGUCUAUGUCAGCACCCAAGAGGCUUGAAUUUUCAAGCUCUACCCUUAGAUUUGGCGGUAACAUAGUGUCCCCAUGAGUGAUAGAACACUGAGCCGAUCAUGGUGCAACUAGAGAACAUUACCAACCCCUACACUCCGUAUUUUCCGCUGGCUGCCCCACCACCACAGAAAGCACUAAGCUAGGCUGAAACACCUGCAUUUUGGAGCUGCCUUACUCAAGAAAGCAAAAAAGAGAGCAUGUAUGUGGCUUUAUUAACUGAAUUAUUUAUUUAUUUUAAAUGUUUUUUUUACAUUAUUUGCAAACUGAUAUGUGACCGGUAUUAAUGCCAAAAUAACAUGCAAAACAGGAAACCCAAAUAAAUGCUGGGCUCAAAGCCCCACCUGCCUUGAAUGACGGGUCGCCACUGAUCAUAUCCCAGGCAUCUUAUCCGGGUUUAUCAUAACCGGGUUACAAGCUUUUUCGGGUUAUUGUAAACGAGAUAUGAUGUUUAUAUGCGUCAACUCAAAAACGGAAUACUUGAGUAUCCCGAAUAAUAACGGGAUAUUGGUGUGCAUGUAAACGUGGUCAUUAUUGUUGAUUUAGACCUGGGCCACCAGGUGUGUGAAAUUAAUUAUUAGGUAGAACAGAAAACCUGCAGGCUCUGGACCUCGUAGGGUCAGUUGAAUGCCCUGCUCUACAGCAUGCUUCUCUGCAUGGCAUUUUACAGGAUGGUUUUCUUAAAUAAGCAUUAGAUAACUAGCCUGGGUGCCAGUCUGUUUCUAUUCUAGAAAGCAGUUAGCAAGAGAGCAGAAGCAGACUGGCACCCAGGCUAUAAUAUAACAAUGUUCAGAUUAAAAGCUCCCAGAGGUUAUAAAUUAAUUUGAUUAACGAAUGUGCUUUCCUUGCUGUUGUCUAGGUGAGGGUCCCCCCCACCCACCCAGGUUACUGUUCUAAUUAGGGUUGCAACUUUCACUUGGGACAGGGGGGAACAUUCUGAAAUUGCCUUUUUGUGUGUGUGUGUGUCCCCCCCCCCCCAAACGAGGCAACGGUGUGCUUUAGGACCACGCAGACGCCUCUGAGUGGUCGGGUAGGCUGUUUGUAGUGUAUAUCCGACUCUGGAUAACAAAAAAAUUAUAAUUAUGUCCCCCCCACUUCAAAAACCAAAGUUGCGCCCCUGGUUCUAUUUAUUGCCUUCGACUAGUAACUUGUCUUAUUACACUGUGAAAUUGUAGUGUAUGAGUUUCAUUAAGGGUGCUGCAACCUGUAAGAGGUUGUUAGGGUUGUCUAUUUAGAAGGAAUAAUAACUUGAUUUAACAUACUGACUUUGUGGACCCCCCCAUAUGAUCUAUGGAUUAGUAUACCUACUUGUGAAUAAUAAUGCGAUUUGUGGGGUGGUGUUAACAGUUGGGAAUGUAUCAUUUGAUGGCUAUAGAUGAAUCAUUAAGGUGUAUUGUUGAAUUUGUCUGCAAUUGAGAACAAUAUUCCAACAGAAAAAAACGAGACACUAAAACUACUGAAAAAUAUUAAUAUUAUCCUGAAGUGUCCAAGAGUUUAACUAUAAUACCUUAAAAUAUGUUAUCUUAUAAAAGUUAUUGAUUAUACCCUAUCUUGUAUAGAUUAGUAUUUGCUCGCUAUGAAUAAAAAAUACUUUAAAAAAAAA